CGUGGUCCUCUCUGUCCCUGCUGUCUCCUCUGCCACUCGCUGUAGGUCUCUGAUCCUGUCUGCUCGAGUUUUAGCGUCGCCGCUGUGAGACGCUGCAACCAUGGCUACUACUGGUACUUUUCGCAUGGUGUCAGAGGAGGAGCAAGCAAUGAGGUCAAAGCUGGAGCAUUUGACAGUGAAGGAUCAUGGGCCUGUGUUUGGGCUGUGCCACAAACUGCCUGGCCACACUGUGCAAAAGAACCAGGCACAGGGACGAGCAGCCAUCUACCACGACCGACUGGUGGUGAUGGGAGGAAAACGGGAUAGACGUUACGUACGCUUCAGGAAGGAGUAUCCUGAGCUUUUUGAGAACAUGACCCCCGAGGCAGUCCGCAGCACAGUCGAAGCGGGAUACCCAGUGGUUCUGCCCAGCAGAGACAAGUAUGGCCGCGUGGUCCUGCUCUUUAACAUCGACAACUGGGACCUGGAGGAGAUCACCUUCGAUGAGGUGUUGAGGGCAUACUGCGUGAUCCUGGAGAAGCUGCUCGAGAAUGACGAGACCCAGAUCAAUGGAUUUGUGCUGAUUGAGAACUUCAAAGGCUUCACAAUGCAGCAUGCCUCAGGAAUCAAGCCAGCUGAGCUCAAGAAGAUGGUGGACAUGCUGCAGGACUCGUUCCCAGCCCGUUUCAAGGCAGUUCACGUUAUUCACCAGCCUUGGUACUUCACCACUACCUACAACGUGGUUAAACCCUUCAUGAAGAGCAAGCUGCUGGAGAGGGUCUUUGUUCAUGGUGAUGAAUUGGACAACUACCUCAAAGAAUUCGAUGCAGACAUCCUGCCUUCAGACUUCGGUGGAAAAGCACCAGUGGCCGACUACCAGGCCAUCGCCACCAAGCUUUUUGGCUCUGAAGACACCGCUCUCUGAAGAAACAAUCCUCCCAUUUCAAACCCAAGAGUAGAGCCUUUUACCUGAAGUGCUUUUGGUGUGAUCAGAUCAGAUAUGUGGUCUGUAUUAAGGCUAGAUUUUUACUUUUUUUAAAAAAAAAAAGAAUUCAGGCAGUACAUAGACGUAUGUAGGGUUAGAAGCAGGGGAUGGUUUGUGUUAUAUAAAUGGAAAAGGUAAAGGAUGUUGUUUAGAUAUAUGAAGGAGAGAAUAACUGAUAGUAAUCACUUGUUACUUUACAUUGACAUGUACUGACAAUCCUCUCAUGUAUGACAUGUAUGAGUGGAGGAAGAAGGGCAGAGCUGGUCAAGACCAGACUGAUUUGUGUUUGGUGUGCUUUGCCUCAUAGAUCAAUCUGCUGUACACAGAACAACCUUUUGCUUACGACCCCGUGAUACAGAUUCAGCAUAGCAAAGUCUCGAGGGGUGAAUUUGAGAUUGAUAUCCAGAGGGAAAACUAAUAAGGCAUGAGGCUACAUUAGAUUAUUGUUUUAGAAUGAAGGGCCUCCUGAUGCAGUGCCUUAAGUAGGAACAGUUGCUUGCCUCAGUGGCCUUGUUUCAACAUAUCAUGUGAGGCGUGAUGUACCAAGAAGAUGCAUUCUGGAGGUUGCACUGGAUUGAAAAAUGUCAAAUAAAAUCUUUUUUGUGCAUCUUU